AUGACUAAAACAAAAAUGACUUUAGAACAAACACGUGUUCUAUUAACUGCUAAAAUUACCGCAUUGAACGAUGAAUUAACAGCAAAGACCACAGACAUUCAGACUGCUUCUUUACGUUUUCCUAAAAUCGAAAAAAUGUUCGAUCAGUACGAUGCCAGUAUCGACGAAUUAGAAGUGAACAAACCUGAGGACCCAGAAAUAGAACUCGCGGACGGAAUUCGCAAAAUUUAUUACAAUCUUGCAACUAAAAUAAAAAUUCCCAAUCAAGAUGUUCUCAAUGCCACUAUUCAAACUGCAAUUAACGCUUCGACUCUUAAUCGAACACUCGAGACUCAACGACUUACUAAGCUCCCUACCACGGAUUUACCAAAAUUCGAUGGCAACUUUGAAAAUUGGCUUUCUUUUAAAAAUACAUUUAAGACACUGAUCGACGAACGUAAAGAUUUAGAUGAUCUUAAUAAGUUUUUAUACCUUCGCGGAUGUUUAACUGGUUCUGCUGCAAACAAGCUCGCGCUUUUGGAUGCAAGUGCAGAAAACUAUACACAGGCCUGGGACCUUUUAACAGAAACUUAUCAGAAAGAGCGCGCUUUAGUUUUUAAACAUUAUGACGCUUUUUUAAAUCUUAAUUCAAUAUCAACCCCGACUAAUGAAAAUCUCACUAAAUUCAUAGAUGAUGCUCGACAACACUUAAAUGAUUUAAAAUCAUUAAAAGCAAACCCAACUGACGCAUUUAUAGUAAGAUUAUUAGAACUUAAAUUACCAACAGAAAUUAGAGACAAAUGGGACGAAACGUACGAAGACGAUAACACUCUCCCAACGUUUGACGCAUUUAGCAAAUUUAUAAUAAAAACUGCUUUCCGACUCAGUACACGUAAACCUAAUAAACAGCGCGACUCCGAUGGCUCUUUUAAAAGACGACGUAAUGAAUAUUCGAGUAAUAAUUUCAAGAAACAAAAAACAGACUCACCAGUCCGAGCUUUAGUAACAACCACUUCUACUGCCUGUCCAUGUUGUAAACUAUCUCAUCCGCUCUAUAAAUGUUAUAAGUUUGAUGCAUUAACUAUAGGAGAACGCAUAAAAUUUGUAAAAUCUGCUAAACUUUGCAAUAAUUGUCUUCGCGAACACAAAGGAACUUGCCCUUCCAGUAGUAGAUGUCAAACCUGUAAGAAAUUCCAUCAUACCAAACUGCACAUUCAACAAAAGACAGUUCAACAACCCUCUAAUCCGAAUACUUCAAAGAACAAUGCCGUAAAAUCCGAGUCACCUAUUACUGUUACGACUGAUAAGGGAUCUACAUCUUGA